AUGGCCAUCCGGGGUUCGAAAGGCGCGCCCAGGCCACUGCUGGCGGCGGCCAGCCCGCCCUGGUGGCGCGCCGCGCGCCUGCUGCGGCUCGCCGCGAGCGCAGCGCCGGCGCGCUCCUCGCCGCUGCUGCGCCGCGUGGCGCAGGCCACGAACAGGACGGUGCGCGCCUGCCGCAAGCUCGUCGCGCAGGGGCAGGUUCUCGUGGACGGGCAGCGCUGCUGCGACACCCUCCUGAUGGUGGCCCCAGAGAGCCCGGUUGUCGUCGUCAUGCGCGACGAGACCCCAGGAGAGUCCGCGGAGCUGUUGCGCACAUCGAGGCUCCGCCGCCAAACGACCACUAUCCACUCUGCAAGCCCCGCGGGGUGGUCUGCUCCCACAGGCGCGCGGGGCCGCGGCCGCGCCCGGUGGUGA